UUCCAUCGUUUUCACUGGAAAAAAAAAUUGUUGCGCAGGUUCCAAGGUUCCAUUGGCCCCAUGGAACCAGAACAUUACAAUUCAAGAUUACCAUUUUUUAAGGAUUCUCAACCAGUUUUUCCGAACUAGUUAAUUACCAAGAAAUACGAUUAUUCCUGUUAGGCUACCUAUUCAAAAUUCACCACGCAUCCAGACUACUAUCCUCCCACCGCAUAUGGGUUGGCUAGGCCCAACAUUUAGAUGGUAACACAAGAAAACCCGCAUGCCCAAGGAACCGUUUAUUUCCAUUGAAAUCUACCGAAGCAUAUCGGUUGCAUUAUUUGUUGCUGAAUUUUGCAUAUUUCUAUAUAAUCUGGGCUUGAAUUCAUUUGUCAUUGUUCUCAAUACAGAACACGGAAUUUUCACCAAUCAUACCUGUGAGUAUCUUUGGGUUCUGAAUUCUCCGCUGCCCUAUUGCAUUUAGACAUUCUCAGUUGGGUUUUUUAAUGAGUGAAGAAUAGUGAGGUAAAGAUGUCUAUUGCUUUUGGCGUGCCAAUAUUAGAAUGCGUGUCUUGCUUGGCAUGUUCCAGGUGGGCAUGGAAAAGGUGUACAUACGUAGGAGCCUACGACAGUGAAAAAUGGACGCUUGCCAGCAUUGAGGCCUUUGAGCCUGUUCCAAGGAUUUGCAGGAUAAUACUUGCAGUCUAUGAGGAGGAUCUAAGAAAUCCCAAAUGGGCACCCCCUGGAGGCUACGGAAUUGAUCCUGGUAAAGUGGUGAAAAAAGUUGGUUAUGAAACUACUCAAGGAAACGCUCCUCCAUACCUAAUUUAUGAAGAUAAUGAGAACCAUGACAUUGUUUUGGCCAUUAGAGGGCUUAAUUUGGCCAAGGAGAGUGAUUAUGCUGUACUGCUUGACAAUAAAUUGGGACAAAGAAAGUUUGACGGAGGUUAUGUACAUAAUGGGCUACUUAAUUCAGCUCGAUGGCUGCUUAAGGCCGAGUCUGAGACAUUGAAAGAUUUGAUUGAGAAAAAUCCUUCCUACACACUUACUUUUGCAGGGCACUCGCUUGGGUCAGGAGUUGCUGCCCUUCUUACUGUAAUUGUAGCAAAUGCAAAGGAACGGUUGGCAAAUAUCCCAAGAAGUCAAAUUCGGUGCUAUGCAAUUGCUCCUGCUCGGUGCAUGUCUCUUAACUUGGCAGUAAGAUAUGCAGAUAUUAUCAAUUCUAUUAUACUGCAGGAUGAUUUCUUGCCAAGGACUGCUACUCCAUUGGAAGACAUUUUUAAGUCAGUUUUCUGCUUGCCUUGUUUAUUAUGCGUCAGAUGCAUGAGAGAUACAUUUACAUCUGAUGAGAAGAAGCUCAAAGAUCCAAGGAGGCUCUAUGCUCCAGGACGGCUUUAUCACAUUGUGGAGAGAAAAUUCUGCGGAUGUGGAAGAUAUCCGCCGAUGGUUAAAACUGCUAUCCCUGUUGAUGGGAGGUUCGAACACAUUGUCCUUUCAUGCAAUGCUACAUCAGAUCAUGCCAUUAUUUGGAUUGAGAGGGAGGCAAAAAAAGCUUUGGAUCUCAUGAAGGAAAAAGAGCAACCUAUGGAGGUUCCUUCCAGACAAAAGAUGGAAAGAAAAGAGUCAAUGGUGAAAGAACACAAGGAAGAACACAAGAAUGCGCUUGAGAGGGCUGCUACCCUACAAAUACCCCAUGCUUUCUCAUCAUCUGAUGACAGAGAAAUUAAAAGAAAGGAUGAAAUUGUUUUGGAUGAAGAGGAGAAUUUAGCAUCAGCUGGGGAACCUGCCUCAAAUGAACACAUUGCUACGAGAAAGACAAAUUGGGAUGAACUCAUUGAUAGACUUUUUGAGAAAGACACAUCUGGUAGAGCAGUCUUGAAGAAGAAAACGGAUUCUAUUUGAAAGUUUGCCUCAUUUUGUUGAAUGAUCAAUGUAACAUUCUUUUAUUUCGUUGAGUGAUCCAUGUAACAUUGAUUCUUCAUUGUGGUGUUUAAUAAAAUUAAAUAAUUUCUUUUGUUGCA